GGGCCGGCCGGCCGGGCCCGUUGCGCCAAAAGGCGGCGGCCUUGCGGGAUUGCCUGGCCGAGGCGCCGCUGGAGGAGCUGCGGCCGGCGCUGGAGAGGGCGCUGGCGCUGCUGGAGAAGACGGACAGCUGGUGGGUGGCCUGGCUGGAGAAGGCGCUCUGGGCCGCCCCGCUGGAGGAGGCCGAGGCGGCCCGGAGGGAGGCGCAGGCCCUGAGCGCCGCCCUGCAGCAGGAGCCGCCGCCACCACCGCUGGCUGAGGAAGAGGAGGAGGAGGAGGAGGAGGCCGGGACGGCGGGGCUGCUGCCGCUGCUGCGCGCCCUGGAGGAGGGUGAGGGCACGGCGGCGGAGGGCGAGGUGGCCCCGCGCUGGCGCUCGCUGGAGGAGAUGCGCGACGCCCUGCAGAGCGCGCCCUUCGACGAGGUCUUCGCCCUGCUGAAGCAGCCGCGGGCGCUGCGCCAGGCGCUGCCGGGGAGUCCCGAGGAGCCGGGCGAGCUGCUGGCCAUGCUGGGGACACUGGACGAGGCCUUUGUGAGGGCCCAGCCUGACACCUGGCGGGAGCAGCUGAGUGCCCUGCGCAGCGGGCGCUGGGAGGAUGAGGCGGCGGCGCUGCUGGAGAAGGUCUGGGCGCUCAAGACGGAGGUCUUCCUCCUGGCCACCGACCUGGACCGCGAGGAGAAGGUGGCGGCGCUGGCCGAGGAGCUGCGGGCACUGCACGAGGCCGCCGCCACCACCCCGCUAGCCGACCGGGAGGCACUGCGGGAGAAGCUGGCGGCCCUGCGGGCGGCCCUCCAGGCCCUGCCUGUGCGGGAGGUGCUGCUGCUGCGAGCCAAGGCCAAGGCGCUGCGCCAGGCCGCCACCGACUUCUGGACGGAACCGCUGGCUGAGGCGGAUGCGCUGCUGGCCGAGGCGGACGGGCUGCGGGAGGCGCUGGCCGGCUCAGCCCUGCGAGAGCCGCUGUGGGCCAAGGCGGAGGAGCUGCGCGGGGCGCUGCGCGAGAUCGCCAAGAAGAAGAUCAGCGUGCUCUCCUACUACCUGUGGAACGUGCUCUGGAGCCCCCUCUGGAAGAAGGUGGGUGACAUGCAGCGGGCCCUCUGGAAGAUGCCGCGCAAGGAGGAGGGCGCCGUGCAGGAGAAGCUGGCCGACCUGGAGCACGCGCUGGACGAGAUCCUGGAGGACAACCUCAGCGGCCUUCCCCGCAUCCUCUACGCCCUGCCGGGCAUCGUGACGGCACUGCAGAAGAAGGUGCACGCGGUGCGCGAGAGCCUGCAGGAGACGCCGCCCGAGAUGGCCGUGGCCCUGCAGGGGAAGGUGGUGGCCAUGCAGGAGGAGCUCUGGAAGAUCCCCUUCAAGGAGGCGCACCUGAUGCAGGAGGACCUCAAGGCCUACUGCCUCGCCCUGCAGAGGAAGGUGGAGGCCUGGUGGGCGCGGCCCCCGGAGGAGGCAGCCCCGGCCAAGGCGCCCCCCAGGAUGGAGAGGUGGGACGGCGGCUGGACCAGGAGGGGCGCCCCCGAGCCAGCCGCUGCACCUGGGGAUGCUGAAGUUGGAGGAACCAAGCAGCCAGGCCUUUCCUCUCCGGCUCUCCCGGCGACACCUGGGGCGCCAAACCCCCCAGCCGGAGAAGCGGCACCCACUGUCGCGGCUGGGCGCUUCCAGUAUUUGGCGCUGCGAGCGAUCCCGCACUCCCAUUUCCAGCAGAGGAAGGACUGGUACGAGAACACCGACCAGGACCUGCGCGAUUAUGUGGUGCAGAGGCUGGUCCAUGCCAUCUUCCCCACUCCUGACUUGGCCCUCCUGAAGGAUCACCAGGUGGAGAAGGUGGUGUCCUACGCCAAGAAGGUGGAAGGGGACGUCUACCAGUCGACCAACCACUGGGACGUGUAUUGCUGCCUCAUUAUGGUGAAGCUCUUCAAAAUAGAGAAGGAACUGAGGGAGAAGAGGGCCCUCCGGGGCCACAAGCAAGGCAUCGCGGACGGCCAGGCCUCGCCCAGGGGACCAGCCCAGCCUGCAGUGCCUCUCGGCAGUCAGCUGGCCGCCCCGGAAGUGCCUCCGAGCCCCACCCAGGACCCCCCAGGUGUCCCUCCGCUGAACCCCAUGUCCAUUUGGACCAUCCAGACCUCUCCCGUUUCGCUGGACCCCCUGGUGGCCCCCCAGACAAGCCCGCCUGCUCAGACCCACGGCGAGGAAGCGGCUCCGGCGGUGCCUGCCACUUCCCCUUGGCUGCCUCAGCCCCAAAGUGCAACAAGGGCCUCUUUGGGCACCUUCCCGAGCCCUCCUCCGGCCCCCGGCCAGUUCCUGCCCCCGCAUCUGUUUCCUGCCCCACUCGGAGCUCUGGACGCCAGCCUGGGCAUCCUGGGGGAAUCGGCUCCACAGGACGGAGGAGCCCAGGGCCAGGACCCAGGCUCCCCCCUUUCUCACUCUGUGCCCGCCGUGGCCCUCCUGCCUCCUCACGCCUUGCCAGGGGCCCAGAGUCAAAGUGCAUCCUUGGGGCCGAUGGCGGCGGCAGCAGCAGCAGCACCGGGCCUGAGCCCGGAGCCCCCUUCCCAGCAGCAGCCCCACCCACCCUGCCCGAAGUCAGCUCCGGGCCCUGGCACCCUGGGGGACCCCCACUUUGGGACCAGAGAGGCUGCCUCCCACGGGCUGCUAG